AUGGAUCUAAAAGAAAGUGAUUCUAGGGAAUUGGACGAUGAGAUAGGUCUUAGUUACGACUACCAUCCGAUUGGUACAUCUCUGAAUGAAGGCCCGGUUGGCAAGUUUCCUCACGGACCUGAUAAAAACUCAUUAAUUGCGACCCUUGUGAUUUCUUCCUUUCAAUAUUUGACAUUUAACAUUCUAGAGCUGAGAUAUUCCUAUGCCAGGCGCCACGUGCUGAUUUCCUCCAUCCUGUUUUUCAUUAAAAUAUACCUCAUUACAAGAAUUAACAAGGCCGACCCUGGCACGGUCACUCCAGAUUUGCACAGAAAAGAUUACUUAAACGAGGCUCUCCCAGCGAGACUGACAACGGUUAACGGAUAUAAUGUGUUACAGAAGUGGUGCUGUAACUGCCGAGUAUACAAAGAACCGAGAACGAAGCACUGUUACACCUGUAAGAGGUGUGUUAACCGCUUUGACCACCACUGCCCAUGGCUGUCAAAUUGUAUCGGAUACAACAACUACAAGUUGUUUUUACUAUUUGUUACCUGCGAAAUGCUAGUACAACACUGUUUUGUAUUUGGAUUAAUAUCAGUACUUGAUGAUUUGUAUGAUGACAAAUUCAAUAUUUUCAACAUUAACGCCUAUAGGUACAUCCUGGAUAAACACUUCUUUGUGUUCAUGUUCUUUAUACUAACAGUAGCAUCGGCACUAUUCUUCACUGUAUACAAUGUCUUCAACAAGUACCUGAUGUUGACGAAUCAGACGACCUACGAGUACCUAAAUAAACAGCACGCAGUGAACCCGUACAACAUCGGACUGUUGAACAAUGUUAUGGAGUUCGUGAAACUGCCAACGAAUUUUUGGAAGUAA